AUGUAUGACACUCUUACUCAGCCUCUCCUUCAAACCAUUAUCAAAGCUGAUGCUACAGCAGCCGAAGUCUGGAAGUCUAUUGAAGCUCUUUUCCUUGAAAACAAAGAAUCCAAAGCCGUGGAACUCGAUGAUGAACUUUGUUCCAUUACUAUUGGUGACUCAAUGAUCGUUCAAUAUUGCACUCGUAUAAAGUCAAUUGUUGAUAUUCUUACCAACAUCGGUGCCCCAGUUCUAGAACGUAAUCUUGUUAUCUAUGGCAUUAAUGGCCUCUCUCCAAAGUUUGCUCAUGUGGUUACCACCAUUCGACAUCAGAAACCAUUCCCAACUUUUCUUGAAAUGCGGUCGAUGUUAACACUUGAAGAACAUUCUAUGCUUAAGGAACAAAAUUGUGUGGUACCAUCCAUUCAUCAAGAUCAUGCUCCAGCCCCUACUAUCCUAAAUACCACGCAUGAAAACCACAAUCAUGAAAAUCGGCCUCCAAAUAAUCAUCGAGGCUCUUCAUUUAAUGGCAGGGGCGGUGGUCGUAACUCCAGAGGCGGCGGCAGGAGCGGUCGUUCCGGCAAAGGUCGACCUGGUGGUGUCAGCGGGAAUAUUGGAUCGCCUACUACUCUCGCUGGUAAUAACGACUAG